AUGCCCCCCAAAAAGCCACCACCAAGAAAGCAGCCAGGAAAACCUUCAGGGCAAAGCAUUCGACCCACCAGUCCAGUGAAGGGACGGCACAAGCUCCGAAACGUCUUGACAAUACCCAUGGGCCGCAACGCUCGCGCAAAUCUUCUGGCUCAGAAGAUGAAUUCUUUGCUUGACCCAAAAUCAGCAGAUUUGAAAACCGAACCGUCUGGACAACGGAUGGAGGAGCAUAUAAUCCUUGAGGAUCGAAUGGAAGUGGAUGAAACGAGCGCAAUGAGCGAGGAUCUAUGGGAAGAUAUUGCACAUGACGCGGGCCCUACCGCGGGGCCCGCCGCGGGGGGUGCCGUGGGGGGUGCUGCGGGGCCCGCCGCGGGGCCCGCCGCAUGGCUGGGUGUUGGGGCUGGAAUGCCGCCAUUUAUCCCUGAAAUUCUUGCGCGACCACAUGCUUUGCAGAGGAAGCCACGUGCUAUGCAGGCCUCUUCUGUGUGGAUCAAUCUCAUCCCUGAUCUUGCCAUCUCUCUGCUGGCAUUUCGGAAAUCAUCCUUUGCAUGUCCACCCGCAUCACUCGCUGAAACCAUUCAUCAAAAUUGUGAAAAUCCUGCCUGUACCCCAACUAAAAUUCGUGUCCUAUGUCUCCACAUCUCAUAUUUUCAACAUAUCAAUGUCCGAACAUGUUCUUGUGUUCCCCCUGCAACUGUUCUACUGGAGCAUGGUGCUCUGGCCACCUCACCUAGCAAGCCACAAAUUGCUGUUACAGUCAAUACAUUGGAGAUAUACCAGGCAUUGUUUCAACGCUCCUGCAUCGCCAUUCAAGCAUUCACAAACGCUCUAACAACCCUCUAUAAUACCAGAGGAUUUGAGCUGAUGUCCAAAACCUUUGAUGGUGAACAUGCUGCUGAUCCUCUUCGACAAGCCUUAUCCCAGGCAGUGCAUGUGUACAGCAGCAUUCAACAGCAUAUCCGAAAAAUGGUCAAUGAUGCCUUGGCCAAAGAGUAUUGCCGUAGCAGCACCGGAUCAUCUCCAAGAGACUUCAUAGCUUCCACCUGUGAAAUUUCCCCUGCACAUACUGAGCCACAUCCAUCAGUCUCAAUCACAGGACCUUGCGAGGUGUCCAUGCUCGGUGCACCCCCCGCCGCACCCCCCGCCGCACCCCCCGCCGCACCCCCCGUCGCACCCCCCGCUGGGUCCCCCCCUGCACCCCCCGCCGCGUCCCCCGCCGCACCCCCCGCGUCAUUUACCCCUGCCAACCACACCGUCAAAUCUGAUGAUCAACUCUUGCUGGUCCCUGGAUCUGCAAAUCGGGUUCUACAGAGCCGCGGUGGGGAUGUCCAAUUUGGUGCUGAUGGUUGCUUCAACUAUCGUCAUCUCCGAGCUGCUGGCAACGGACCAUCCUUGUUCAGUCAGGAGUACUUCCUGACACCUGAAGAGGUUCACAAGGUCAAAGAGACUGUGCUUUUGGCGAGGAAAUCUCCGAAGCCUCUCAAAGAGUCUCUAAUUUCAGCUGAUAUUGUGGAUGCCUGUGGAGAGUCAUGGACUGCCGCAAAUGAGCACAAACAAAAGGGGGAUCCAAAGCGCUAUGACUCCACUGGCAUCUUUGCACUGACAUGUCGUCACUCACAAGUCCUGUUCAUGUGUGAUAUAGACACUCCAGGAGAGCAGCAGCACUACAUAAUUGCGCUCUUGGAGAAGGUGGCCUCACUCCUGCCAUCCAAUGCAACCAUUACGCAAUGUUAUGAUAUCGGUUGUUCUGUCACUUCUAUCCCCGCCGCACCCCCCGCCGCACCCCCCGCGACACCCCCCGCCGCACCCCCCGCGACACUCCCCGCCGCACCCCCCGCCGCACCCCCCGCCGCACCCCUUGAUAGAGUCCAUAUCAAUGCUGACUAUACUCCGAAGUUCCCCAUCCUUUCUGCCCAUUUGCGAUCUCGCGUAUCAUUCUCUCUGAAUGCGAUGCAUGCAUUUGGACAUCAAUGGGCCUGCCAAUUGGUCUACAACCCACGCAUGAAGUUGGGCCCCCCUGUUCGAGUCCAACGUGAGCUCGGCAAGAUAGUCAGCCUUCAAAAUCAAAUUGAAGAUAUUGAUGACACUCUGGAGCAACUCCAAAAGACUGUCGAAGAUAGACAGAGCUCGGAGUCAGCACAUAUUGCGAUCCAGGAUCUGCAAUCCACUCAUGUCAAGCUCAGUCAACAAGCUGAGCAUCUGUUCACUUCACUCAACCUGGAGACUCAUUAUCCAGAGCUGGCUGGACUUCCCUUUGAAUUUGUGCAGAUCCUGCUGCUGAUGAGGGACCUCAAGAUUCAGAUUCGCAAACAAGCAAUUGGGACAUUUUUGGAAUGGGAGAAUUUAGACCGUGCUGUCCAAGGACGACGGGAGCCACUGGGUACGAAGCUUCAUCAAGCAGCGCGUAAAGCUCUUUCGAAACGUCAGCCAACGCUGCAUCGUCUUAUCGACAAAUUCAAUUCCUUUUGCUCUCGACUGGAAGAGAUUCAGCCUCCACACUGCUCUGUUCCCAUCCCUCUCCCACUUCCUACCAAGCUAAACGAGCUCAAGUCUCAUUCCAACCUCUUCGAAGAUGUAUGGAUCACUCCCUCGGAAGGGGAUGUCCCAUUGUGGCUCUGCGAUGAAAAUGUCCGUCAGGGAAUUUCAAGUCUCCAUGUACUGGACCGCUGUCAUGAGGAAGGGCUUCGCCUGUCCCGAGAGAGCGAAAACAUGCUGCGUUGGAUUGAUCAAGAGUCUUUGCUGCUUCUUUCAGCAAAGGAUUGCAUUUCAAAUCACAUUCUGCAACAUGAGCUGGAGCAAGAAAUCAACUUUCUUCGACGUGUUGCAUCGAGAUGGCGCCGUCAAUUGCAAAUUCCUCAACCUCGGCUGCUGGCUAUGGACCCGACACUCUCUGUCAGCUCCCACAAUUUCACCCCCACUGCGACCCCCGCCGCAGCCCCCGCCGCAGCCCCCGCCGCAGCCCCCGCCGCAGCCCCCGCCGCAGCCCCCGCCGCAGCCCCCGCCGCAGCCCCCGCCGCAGCCCCCGCCGCAGCCCCCGCCGCGACCCCCGCUGCGCCUCUGAACCCAGAACCCACGAUUGAGGAACACACAAACCAGGUGGAAGCUGAUCCUCUUGAAGAUGACAUGAAUCAGUCUCUAUGGGUUGAUUCUGAGGACAUUUCCGUCGAUGAGGUUGCAGCCUGUCCCUCAGACUCAGAAGAGGCUCUUGCCGUAUCAGAUAUGAUGGAAACAGAUGAUGACGAAGACACAGCAACACUUGAACGUGACAAUUGCCAUGUCAGAAUAUCCUGGGCUUCAUUCACAAAGUCUCGAUCCACUUGUGACAACAAUCUCCUGAGAGAUCUCACAGCACAUGUUGCCAAAUUUUCCGUGAUACGUGAUCUCCAAACUCGUGUGGUUGUCCUCCCUGGAAACCUGCCCGCUGUUGCAGUCUAUCAAAGUGAUUUAGCACUACUCACAGGAUCAACAGCCCGAUUAAAUGGACACAUCCUCAACAGUGUGUCAGCAGCCAUUCUCUCAUGGUGCAUGCAACCCUUCUCGCUGCAUGCCCUGUCUGCACAGAGAUGCGCCCUUCUUUCCACGUAUGAUCUACAUCGAGUCCGUUUCAAUGCUCCUGAUAAGGUUAUCUGGAAAAAUCUGGCCCCUACGGAGUAUUGGAAUAAGUCAAUCUGGAUUAUUCCAGUCCACCGGCAAGCCCAGGAACACUGGGCUCUUGUCAUUGUCCUGGUACAUGAGCAAAAGCUCCUCCUCUUCGACAGCUUGGCUCAGAAGCGAGCUGAAAAAGACCAGAAUGUCAUGUUACUGGUGACCCGCAUGACACUCCUGGCACAUCGAAACGGAUAUGCGCUCCCUUUGAGUUUGGAUGGGGAGGCCUGGACUGCAGAGCCCAUGAUUUCCACUGCAGUUCAGUGCAACAGUUACGAUUGCGGUGUUUGGGUCCUUGUCAUUAUUGCAGCUGUUCUGCGCGGAAUGCUGGGAUCCAACAUCGCUGAACCACAAAUUCCGUUUCUACGGCACACUCUCACCAACUUCAUGCUCACGCUUCCAUGCGUGCCGGCCUGA